GUCAAGAUAGAACAAAGAAUAUCGUGUUUUUUCUUAGAUUUUAGUACUAUGCGUCACUUGAAAUGAUUGCGGAGAAUCGAGGCAUGUAGAAGAACUUGAUAUUCGACUGAAAAGCGCCGAGGGAGUAUUCAAAAUAACGUAUGUGGCCAGGGCACAUCCGAUAUGUAACGAAUAAGUUCACUCGCUUUGGUUACACUAUCAGCUGUUUUGCAACAACAUAACUCGCGUGCCCAAAAAAUUUGCUCUUAAACGUUAAUUUAUUGAAAUAAUUAAAUAAAAUGUUGCUGAAACAGUUGCCGCUGGCCGUGCAGCAAUUACGUUGUCUUUCCUCAGCCACAGCGGCGGUCACCAGGCUGCACCGUUCCGUAUACUGCCGCAUGUACCCCACUGUAGUUGUUCAGCCGGAUGGAUCCACGAUAAACAUUCGCUACCACGAACCAAGGAAGAUAAUCAAGCUUCCCUUGGAUCUAAGCACAUUAUCAGAAGCGGAGAGGAAAGCCCGGAUGGAGGCUCGCAAGCCGCGCAAGAAGGUCAAAAUUAUGGAAGAAGUGGAGGACAACUUCAACGCCAAGAAGUAUAUGAAGUACAUCAAGAAAAAUAAGUAGUUGGGCGUCCUUUUAAGUGCAAUUAAUUGUUAAAUAAAAACAUAAACAUUGUUAUGUAAGUCUGGCAUCACUUCUGAGGAGAGGAACAGUUGCCAUAUCGCAAUAUUAUUACGCUUAAAAUAAAAUUCACCUCGCUCACCA